GGGUGGCGGAGUGGGACGAGUGUGGCGGAGUGGACAGGGACGGGUGACGGGAACGAGGCUAUUCUACAAUCUGAAGAGGAAGAGGCCGGACAGGGAUUUCCACAGUCCAGAAUGGGAGCCGAGCGGAUCCGGUCCCGGAAGCAGGAACCUGCCCGGACAGUGUUUCUCUCCUAAAAACCGGAAGAUUCUGGGGCAUUAUAGAGCGGACUCCCCUCUUAUUCUUUGGAUCUAUUCCUCCAUCAUAGAGAAAUCAAAAAUCUUUGGUGACCAGACAUUUAGAGGUCUUUGUCUCUCUCCCUUUCCAAUAUAAUUGUGAGAAUGCAUCUCGAUGGAGGGGACUAACGUUUUAAUAGGCAUGCGUGAGGACCCCGGUUUUCACGUGCGCUACAGAAUGGAGGCGUCCUGUCUGGAGCUGGCCUUGGAAGGAGAACGGUUGUGUAAAGCCGGGGACUGCCGAGCUGGAGUGUCCUUCUUUGAGGCAGCGGUGCAGGUGGGCACAGAAGAUCUGAAAACGCUCAGUGCCAUAUACAGCCAGCUGGGCAAUGCCUAUUUCUACCUGCAUGAAUAUAACAAGGCAUUGGAAUAUCAUCACCACGACCUGACGCUAGCAAGGACUAUUGGUGACCGACUUGGAGAAGCCAAAGCUAGCGGGAAUCUUGGAAAUACUCUGAAAGUUUUGGGUAAUUUUGACGAAGCCAUUUUAUGUUGUGAGCGGCAUUUGGAGAUCUCUCGGGAGUUGUAUGAUAAGGUUGGGGAGGCCAGAGCCCUAUAUAACCUAGGAAAUGUGUACCACUCCAAGGGUAAGAGCCUGGCAUGCACAGGGACCAGAGACCCUGGAGAGUUUCCAGAGGAGGUCAAGAUUGCUUUACAGAAGGCCGUGGAUUAUUAUGAGUUAAACUUGUUAAUAGUAACAGAGCUGGGGGACAGAGCCGCUCAAGGACGCGCAUAUGGAAACCUGGGAAAUACUCACUAUUUACUUGGAAAUUUUCGAAAAGCCGUCAUGUCCCACGAGCAGCGGCUGUUAGUUGCCAGGGAGUUUGGUGACCGAUCUGCAGAAAGAAGAGCUUACAGUAAUCUUGGAAAUGCCUUUAUCUUCCUGGGUGAAUUUGAAAUGGCAGCGGAGUACUACAAACGAACGCUUCAGCUGGCCCGGCAAUUGAAGGACAGGGCGGUAGAAGCGCAGAGCUGUUACAGCUUGGGCAAUACCUACACUCUGCUUCAGGACUAUGAAAAGGCCAUUGACUAUCAUCUCAAGCAUCUCGUCAUCGCUAAGGAACUUAAUGACAGGGUAGGAGAAGGUCGGGCAUGUUGGAGUCUGGGGAACGCAUAUACUGCCUUAGGAAACCAUGACCAAGCUGUGCACUUUGCAGAGAGGCACCUGGAUAUCUCAAGAGAGUUGGGGGACCGUAACGGAGAGCUGACUGCACAACUGAACCUCUCUGACCUGCAGAUGGUGCUUGGACUAAGCUACAGUACCAAUACGUCCGUGCUCUCCGAGGUUCCAGAUUCAGAAAGCAGCUUACUUGGUGCGCGGCCACGUCUGAGCAGACGUCACAGCAUGGAGAACCUUGAGCUCGUGAAGCUAACGCCGGACAGGGUGGAGAACUGGAACAUCGAGGUCCUCACAAAGCAGAAAUCUCUACUGUCCAAGCCUUCUGCUAAGCUCAUGUUUGUUAAUAAACUUAAGGGCAAGAAGUUUAAGAACAGUGCAUCCAAAGUCCUGCAGGACACCAGUAACUCUUCAGAUGCCAACAGGAAGAUGACAAGCUCCCAGCGGAAAUCUGCGGUCCCAGACGGUAUUGGAGAUGAAGGAUUCUUCGAUCUUUUGAGUCGAUUUCAAAGCAACCGAAUGGAUGAUCAGAGGUGCAGUUUGCAGGGCACAAACCUCCUGACUACAGCGACAUCAACACCUCCAAAAUCCAUGAGAAAAUCCUUAUCUGCAUCUGUCGUAUCUCCUCAUACUGAGGAGUUUCUGGACCUCAUAGCAAGCUCACAGAGUCGGAGGUUGGAUGAUCAGAGGGCCAGCUUCAGCAAUCUGCCUGGACUGAAAAUCGACCAACAGCGCAGGAACUCUGUCCUGGACCACCUGAUGGCCACCGAGAACCGCGAGCCAGAUGACGAUUUCUUUGACAUGCUGGUGAAAUGUCAGGGAUCACGGUUAGAUGACCAACGCUGCGCUCCUCCACCCCCACCCAAAAAAGGUCCCACAGUCCCAGAUGAAGACUUCUUCAGUCUUAUUCUGCGUGCACAGGCCAAGCGCAUGGAUGAACAGAGGGUGACGCUAUCAUCACACCUAAAGAGACCGAACUCAAGCUAGGGGAAAGCAUAUUGUGCCCUUUCCUGCAAUCUGCUAAUCUUAGAGGUUUAAAAAAAUAAUAAUCAGGGUUUUUUCAUAGUACUGUAAUUUUUAUACUCUUCUGUAAAGUAGAGCUACUUUCACACUGUGUGUGUGUGCUCUUCCAGUGUUAUACUUCUCUCCAGUCCCCAGAUGAGUCCUCGCUAAUGCACAACCUCAGACACUGCCGUUGUAUGAUUCAUAGGACAAUGGACACAUGGCAUGGAUAGAGGCUUCCUGGACAGUGUGACUGUACAGAUCCUGUAGAUGUACGCAAGUGUCUCCUAUGCCGGCUAAGUAGUGUACAGCCGUUCUGUGUGGAAAGUUCUUUAUAUGUGUAUAUAUGUGUGGGUAUUUUUUAUUUUUUAAACUAUGCCUUUACUAAAAGGGGGUUUGAAUAAGUGAGUCUAAGGAUUGGCACAGCAAGAGUUGUGUGAGACCAUUGCACUUAUUGUUAACUCUAGACUGUAAUCUAAAGCACUAAAUGAUUAUAUGUGAAUAUUCUCAUCUGGUAUUAACUGGUAGUUUUAAUCUUUUUAUUUGCUUGCAACCUGCUGUGCUGUGCUCAGUAGGUACCUCUUGUAGCAAAGCUAUGGUACUGACUUUGGUAUUAUCAACUCACAGCAGGAAACCUAUGUAUGGCCAGUUUCAGAUGAGUGAGUUACCUGUGAGAGAUGUAGCAUAAUUUAUAAUUCUUUGCGCUCCUGCCAGACCUCAGAUCUACAGAAUUGUACUGACGACAUUGUGUCAGUACAGCUCAUUAAAGAUGAGGUCGGGCCGGGACACACCGCAUUAUAAAUCAUCAGUUUCACUCGUCUGAAACUGGCUUAUAGGAGUGUAAGGAUCAGAGAUUUACUGAUUGUUCAUCUGACCCCCAUAAACUUGCUCAUCCAAGUAGUUUGUGUGGCUGUUACUUCACUAAGUGGAGUCAGGUGUAAAAUAAGCAACCAGUAGACACCUCUGAUUCCACUCAUCUCCUGAGCAAACAAGGAUCCACCAUGGAUAAAAUGCAACUGAUUUGGUUGUCCCCAUUACCUUGUGAUCCUGUUGAAAUGAUCAAGUUUUUCUAAAUUGGUCUACGGUGUAUGGCAAUUUAAGGUUACAUGGCAGCUGUUUAAUUGCAGCGAACAUUUCUCAUCUCUUCUAUGGGAAGAAAAUUAUAACGAAUAGACAUAUGCACAGCAGAAUGCUCUUCAGGUCUGCUUAGCUGUCUCCAUAGAAAAUAAUGUAAGGCUCCUUGCAGUCCUGCCCCACUACCUGCUGUGUAGCCUAACCACCUGGUCAAUGCUGUUUAGUAAAACUAAAAUUUUUAGAAUGCCCGUCAUGAAGGGGUUAUUUUUACUUAGGGAAAUGAUGGUACUGUAAGUGUUCUGUCUGGUCUGGCUUUUAAGUUUUGGUUGUUUAAUAUUGUUUUCAUGAACUUUUGAGAGGGGGGGGGGGG